AAAGUUCCCAUUCUAACCCCAACUCAACAUUUCCCUCAACGGAAUCCACCAACUAGCGAUUUUCGUUUCGUUCGUCGAAUAGAGAGAGAGAGAGAGAGAGAGAGGGAGAGAGAGAGAAAAGGGGAAUAGGACAAAUCCGGCGAUAUCGCCGGAAUCGUUCUCCGAUCGCGCCGGUGGUUUGGUUUACGGUCGUCGGAGAAUCGCCGAUCUUAUUCUGGUUCGAAUCGUCGUUGGUGACCGGAGAUGGUGAAUUCUAUGGUUGAACGCGCCACGAGCGACAUGCUCAUAGGACCAGAUUGGGCCAUGAACAUCGAGAUCUGCGAUAUGCUGAAUCAUGACCCUGGGCAAGCAAAGGAUGUUGUUAAAGGCAUAAAGAAGCGGAUUGGAAGUAAAAAUUCAAAAGUUCAACUUCUUGCACUAACUUUGCUGGAGACAAUCAUAAAGAACUGUGGAGAUAUUGUUCACAUGCAUGUUGCUGAGAGAGAUGUGCUUCAUGAGAUGGUGAAAAUAGUAAAGAAGAAGCCUGAUUUUCAUGUCAGAGAGAAGAUACUGAUUCUUAUAGACACUUGGCAAGAAGCAUUUGGAGGGCCGAGGGCAAGAUACCCACAAUACUAUGCUGCAUACCAGGAGUUGUUGCGUGCUGGGGCAGUAUUCCCUCAAAGGUCUGAACAAUCUGCACCUGUAUUCACACCUCCACAAACACAGCCAUUGGCAUCAUACCCUCAAAAUAUACGUGACUUGGAUGCUGGGCAGGACACAGCUGAGGCCUCUGCAGAGUCUGAGUUCCCAACACUAAGUUUGACUGAAAUUCAGAAUGCACGUGGUAUCAUGGAUGUUCUUGCAGAGAUGCUCAAUGCAUUAGACCCUAGUAACAAAGAAGGCCUUAGACAGGAGGUUAUUAUUGAUUUGGUGGAGCAGUGUCGAACAUACAAGCAGAGAGUUGUACACCUAGUUAACUCAACUUCGGAUGAAUCUCUGCUAUGCCAGGGACUAGCUUUGAAUGAUGAUCUUCAGCGUGUACUGGCCAAGCAUGAAUCUAUUUCUUCUGGAACUUCUACUCUAAAUCAAAAUCAAACAGAGAAUUUAAAACCUGCCCCUGCUGGAACACUUGUAGAUAUUGAUGCUCCUUUGGUUGAUACUGGAGAUACUAGUAAACAAACUGAUGGGCGAUCCUCUUCUGGUGUUGAAGCAGGGUCCCAAACAUUGAAUCAGUUAUUACUUCCUGCGCCCCCGACUGCUAAUGGUUCAGCGCUCCCUGCAAAGGUUGAUCCCAAAUUGGACCUGCUCAGUGGCGAUGACUAUAACUCACCGAAAGCAGAUACUUCACUUGCUCUUGUUCCUUUAGGAGAACAACAGCCUGUCAGUCCUCUGUCUCAGCAGAAUGCCCUUGUUCUUUUUGAUAUGUUUUCUAAUGGAAAUAAUGCACCUACAUCUGUCAAUACCCAGCCAACCAAUGUUGCUGGCCAAAACAGUCCAUUUGCUCCCCAAUUUCAACAGCAAACAGUCAUGUCUCAAGGUGGAUUUUACCCCAAUGGAAAUGUCCCAAAUGCGGGUUCACCUCAGUAUGAACAAUCACUUUAUACACAAAGUACGGGUCCUGCCUGGAAUGGUCAGGUUGCACAACAGCAACAGCCACCUUCGCCUGUUUAUGGUACACAAAACAGUGGAUCGUUGCCACCACCUCCCUGGGAAGCUCAACCAGCAGAUAAUGGCAGUCCAGUGGCCGGCACCCAGUAUCCACAGCCACAGCAAGUCACGCAAGUGGGUAUGCCAAAUGUGCAGACUGCUACACACCGUCAGGGGGCUCAAGCGAUGGGCAAUGAUCAGGCUGUUGGUAUGUAUAUGCAACCAAAUGCAAACAGCCAAAUGUCAGCAAUCAAUAACCAUGUUGGAAGCAAUCAAAUGGGCUUGCAACCUCAGCAUAUUCAAGGUGUUGCAGGGCCCUACAUGGGUAUGUUUUCACAUCAAAUGCAGGCUGGUCCUGGGGUUUCCAUGUAUCCUCAGCAAAUGUUUGGAAACCAAUUUAUGGGAUACGGCUAUGGUCAGCAACAAGGAGUUCCAUAUAUUGAGCAGCAAAUGUAUGGUAUGUCUAUUAGAGAUGAUAGUGGUUUGAGAAACUCCUACCAGGUUUCUUCAUCUUAUGCUCCAUCCGGGAAGCCUUCCAAGCCAGAGGAUAAGCUAUUCGGUGACCUUGUUGACAUGGCUAAAUUGAAGCCCAAGCCCACUCCAGGCCGGGCUGGCAGCAUGUAAAAUCUAUUGCUUGGUUUACAGUUUUCGUCCGAUUGCUAACAUUUGCCCCCAUUUUUCUUCUAUUUUUCUUGUUACUUUUAUAUGUUUUUAUAAUGUUAUUUUUUUUUUUUUUGGUUUUUGUUACAUAUUGUUUGCAUGUCUUGGAAUUAGCAUUUGAUUAUGUACAUCCCUUCUAGAGAAAACAUUGAAAAAUGGGAGGAAGAAAAAAAGGCUAGACCAUCUUUGGGUUGGAUUGUAGUUUGUGGCAAUUUUCCCUUGUAUUACUCUUUCUUUUCAUUUUGCAGUAGUGAUGGUUCAAGGGUGCUUGAAUGGCAACGCUAUCUAAAAUGUCAAGGGGUGUCUUACCCUUGACGGUUAAAAUUAUGUUACUUGUUAUAAAGGUUGUAGAAACUAACAGGAAGGUUGGUGAUGGAUCUUCAGAGAAAAGAGGUGCUGAGUUCGUAUUUUGGUUCACUCGUGUAUGAUUGACGAAGUAAUUAAGACAUGCCUUUCCAAUUGUUAAUAGCAUGCUUGGAUUU